UAAAAGCUUCUCUCUCUCUCUCUCUCUCUCCGGUCAUUUCCAGCUGCCUCCGCACUCUCCGGCGCCGCCUGCUCCCGCCGCCGCCGCCGCCACUCCGAUUCACGUGGCGUCGCUUUCCUUCGUCCUCCGAGCACCUGAGAAAAAGGUCGGCGGCCGGGGCGCGGCGGGGGUGAGAGAUUCGGAACGAUCCGCGAGUUGCUGGAGGUGGAGGUGAGGCAGUUCGUGCGCGAGAUGGAGCGGAGGAUACGGAUUGGAGUCUGCGUCAUGGAGAAGAAGGUGUUCUCCGCGCCGAUGGGACAGAUACUGGAGCGGCUCGACUUGUUUGGUGAAUUCGAGAUCGUCAUAUUUGGAGACAAGGUCAUUCUGGAAUAUCCGGUGGAGAGCUGGCCAAUAUGUGAUUGCUUAAUUGCCUUCUAUUCAACUGGAUAUCCCCUUGAAAAGGCUGAGGCUUAUGCUGCUUUAAGGAAGCCUUUUCUGGUAAAUGAGCUAAAACAGCAACACCUUCUUCAUGAUCGGAGGAAGGUAUAUGAGCGGUUAAAAAUGUUUGAAGUUCCAGUUCCAAGAUAUGCUCUUGUGAAUCGGGAAGUACCCAAUCAAAAAUUGGAUUAUUUUAUUGAAGAAGAGGAUUUCGUUGAGGUUCUUGGAAAUCGUUUUUGGAAGCCAUUUGUGGAAAAGCCUGUCGAUGGUGACAAUCAUAGUAUAAUGAUAUAUUACCCUAGUUCAGCUGGUGGUGGUAUGAAGGAGUUGUUUAGGAAGGUACGUUGGCAAUCGUUCAGUGAGUUUCAUCCAGACGUCAGAAGGGUUAGACGUGAAGGCUCAUAUAUAUAUGAGGAAUUUUUGCCUACAGGAGGAACAGAUGUCAAGGUAUAUACUGUUGGCCCUGAAUAUGCACAUGCUGAGGCAAGAAAGUCACCGGUUGUGGAUGGUGUUGUUAUGAGAAAUCCUGAUGGAAAAGAGGUGAGGUAUCCUGUUCUACUGACUCCUACAGAGAAGCAAAUAGCCAGAGAUGUUUGCAUUGCAUUUAGCCAAUCGGUCUGUGGAUUUGACCUCUUGCGUUGUGAAGGACGUUCAUAUGUUUGUGACGUGAAUGGUUGGAGUUUUGUCAAGAACUCCCAUAAAUAUUAUGAUGAUGCUGCUUGUGUAUUGAGGAAGAUGUUCUUAGAGGCAAAGGCUCCACAUCUUCCUUCAACAAUUCCACCAAUUUUACCUUGGAAUCAUGAGCCAGUUCAGGCAUCUGAGGGAUUAACACGGGCCGGAAGUGGGAUUAUUGAUACAUUUGGCCAGUCUGAGGAGCUGCGCUGUGUAAUUGCUGUUAUACGACAUGGUGACAGAACUCCAAAGCAAAAAGUUAAAUUAAAGGUUACCGAGGAGAAGCUGCUGAACCUGAUGUUAAAAUACAAUGGGGGGAGGCCUAGAUCUGAGACAAAGCUCAAAAGUGCUGUCCAACUGCAAGAUUUGUUGGAUGCUACCAGAGCACUAGUUCCUCGUAACCGACCUGGACGUGGAAGUGAUAGUGAGGCAGAAGACAUGGAGCAUGCUGACAAACUACGUCAAGUGAAAGCAGUGUUGGAGGAGGGAGGUCAUUUCUCUGGUAUUUACAGGAAGGUUCAGUUAAAGCCCCUGAAGUGGGUCAAGGUGGCAAGAAUUAACGGUGAGGGGGAAGAAGAACGCCCUGUUGAAGCUCUAAUGGUUCUUAAAUAUGGAGGUGUUCUUACUCAUGCUGGCAGAAAGCAGGCAGAAGAACUUGGUAGAUACUUCAGGAACCAUAUGUACCCAGGUGAAGGUACUGGGCUACUACGCCUUCAUAGUACAUAUCGGCAUGAUCUCAAGAUAUACAGUUCCGAUGAGGGUCGAGUGCAGAUGUCUGCAGCUGCAUUUGCAAAGGGCCUUCUUGACUUGGAGGGGCAGUUGACUCCUAUUCUGGUUUCACUGGUCAGUAAGGACUCUUCUAUGCUGGAUGGACUUGAAAAUGCCAGUGCUGAAAUGGAAGAAGCUAAGGCCAGGUUGAAUGAGAUUAUUACUUCUGAUGCAAAGGCAGGUCAUUGUAAUGGCUCCUCAGAGUUUCCAUGGAUGGCUGAUGGAGUGGGACUGCCUUCUAGUGCUAAUGAGCUUCUACCGAGAUUGGUUGAGCUGACUAAGAAGGUAACAGAGCAAGUGAAACUACUUGCAAGGGACGAAGAUGAGAAACUUAUGGAUGCAAAUGGAGAUGAUGUUAUUCCUUCCUAUGAUCAAGCAAAAGCACUUGGGAAUACCAAUAUUGAUGUUGACCGCAUAGCUGCUGGAUUGCCCUGUGGCAGUGAGGGAUUUCUUUUGAUGUUUGCUCGUUGGAAAAAACUCGAAAGAGAUCUGUAUAAUGAACGCAAGGGACGGUUUGAUAUAACCCAGAUUCCAGAUGUAUAUGAUUCAUGCAAGUAUGAUCUCUUACACAAUGCACAUCUUAAUCUUGAAGGGUUAGAUGAGCUCUUUAAAGUUGCUCAGUUACUUGCAGAUGGCGUGAUUCCAAAUGAAUAUGGUAUUAAUCCAAAACAGAAACUGAAGAUUGGCUCAAAGAUUGCUCGCCGCUUGUUGGGUAAAAUUUUGAUCGAUCUGAGGAACACACGGGAGGAGGCAAUCAAUGUCGCAGAACUGAAAAAUAACCAGGAUCAAGAUUCAAAAUCAAACAGCAGUGAUUGGGACGAUAAAGAUUAUUAUUGGAAGCAUCAUGGGAAAAAUGAAGAUGGGAGAAGAUCAAGCACUACGAGCGAUAAGUCAAUCGAUCAGGAAGAUGACGAUGAUAAAGAGACAAAAUACCGGUUGGACCCAAAGUAUGCAAACGUCAAGACACCUGAUCGCCAUGUCCGAACUCGCCUUUAUUUCACAUCGGAAUCUCAUAUUCACUCCUUGAUGAACGUUCUCCGCUACUGCAAUCUGGAUGAAUCACUUGAAGGAGAGGAAAGCCUUCUCUCUAAUAGCGCACUCCAGCGUCUGUAUAGGACAAAGGAGCUUGAUUACAUGAGCUAUGUUGUGCUGAGAAUGUUUGAGAAUGUUGAGGUUGACUUGGACGACCCUCAUAGAUUCCGUAUAGAGAUGACAUUCGGCCGUGGUGCAGACCGAUCCCCUCUGGAGAAAAGCCGCAGUGAGACUCCUUCACUGCAUCAAGAGCACAUCCUGCCAAUCAUGGGCCCUGAAAGGCUGCAAGAGGCCGGAUCGAGCUUGACACUGGAAAAGAUGGAGAGGAUGCUUCACCCAUUUGCGAUGCCACCAGAAGAUUUCCCUCCACCAUCGGUUCCUCACGGAUUCACAGGCUAUUUUUCCAACAAAAGCGCCCACGUCCUUGAGCGCCUGGUGAACCUGUGGCGGUCCUCUAAGCAUGCUAAUGAUAAUGGCAGAUAACGAACAGAGCCACACCCUUCCCUUUUGUUUUCCGAUAGUAUCACAAAUCACAACACCUGAGACUCGAGCUCUAUACAAGAAUACUUCAAUGUGUUAUGAGCGUUUUUCUACAGUUCAACCACCUCGGGUAGGUUCUUGCUUUCUUUUCCCAUUUGAACAUCAUCGAUUCUGUACAUAGAAGCGACUGCAAAAAUUUAAAUAUGCCUAAGAAUUUUAAUCGAAAUUCAUUCAGCUUCAA